CCCCCAUACUUCAAACUACAUAGCCCAUACUGCAGGCAUUGCAGCUUCAACCCUCAACCCCCAAAUAUUGAUUAUUCCUCGACCAGUAUCACAUUUCCAGAGCCUACCAUGUCGUUUCAAACACCACCCCCUACGACAACCAUCUUUGAGGUGUCCUUCCCCAGCCCAGGGGUUCUCCUCGCAACGAUCAAUCGUGAGAAACGCAUGAACUCAAUCCCGUUGAAAGGUCACCAUGAAGGAACCGCUCUCUGGGACUGGAUGGACAACGAGCCGAGCAUGCGAGUUGGAAUUAUCACUGGCAAGGGACCCAAGGCCUUUUGCGCUGGCGCCGACCUUCUAGAGCAGCGUGAUAUCAGUCGCGGUGACGAGGCCAGACCCGAGAUAGGCGCCGAAGGCGGCUUUGCAGGGCUGAGUCAACGACGAGGAAAGAAGCCAGUUAUUGCUGCGGUGAAUGGUCUGGCACUAGGCGGCGGAUUUGAAAUCUGUCUGAACUGUGACUUGAUUGUUGCCUCCCCUAAGGCUGAAUUCGGUCUACCCGAAGUCCUUCGCGGGUUAUACGCUGGCGCUGGCGGACUGUCGCGUAUUGUUCGCGAUUGUGGAAUGCGAAUUGGCAGUGAGCUGGCAUUGACUGGACGUCGAGUACCUGCAGAAGAGGCGCUGCAGUUGAGAUUGAUCAACCGGAUUGCGAGAUCUCCAGAGUCGGUCUUGAAUGAAGCCAUAGAACUGGCCAAGGAUAUCGCUAGCAAGUCUCCCGAUGCGAUCAUUGUUUCUCGGUCGGGCCUCCGAGAAUCAUGGGAAACGGCUAGUACGAUAGAAGCCGACAAGAUCACGGCAGAAAGAUAUGGUAGAGGGUUGCUGACUUCGGAGAAUUUGAGAAUCGGAUUGGAGGCCUUUGCAGCAAAAAAGCAGCCCCAGUGGGUGGCCUCUAAGCUCUAG